CAAUACUAUUGUUGUGCCAUAUUGUGUACCCAUGUCCAGGUGGAGAGAGAGAAAGCCACACUGAGCAGCACUGUGCAUGACCUUCAGCAGCAGUUAGUCCAGUCUAAAGAUGCUAUCAGUGAGCAACAGGUGAAGAUGGAUCAGCUGACCCAAUGUUUGGAGACCCUUCAGAGUACAGUCUCGAAAAGGACUUGUGAACAAGGGAAUGGAAUGAGCCUGUCUCCCAGAUCCCUUCAAAACCAAGAGUCUGAUAGCGGCAUCAACUAUUACGAAGUGGAUGCAAAAAGCACAGAAGUACUAGAGAUUCGCAUGCAAGCGGCAAAUGAGGAGCUUGCACAUCUGCGCAAGGAGCUGAAAGAAGCUGGCGAACGCUCAAAGGCCCUGGAGGGGCGCUGCAAGCAGGAGAAAGAACGCUGGAGGGGUGAGGCUCAUGAACUCGUUGAUAAAAUUCGACAGUGUAUCACUGCUAGCCGUCAGGACCAGGAGCGAAUAGGACAAUUGGAGCGAGAAAUCGGCGCUACGCGACAGGUCGCCACCGACUCUGAAGGCCACCUCAGUGUUGCGCAGGAGGAGCUUCUUGCCUUCUCUGAGGAGCUGGCUAACCUUUACCAUCAUGUGUGUGUUUGUAAUAACCUCACGCCUAGUCGCGUUACACUGGAUUACUAUCGUGAAGGAGCCCAAGCAGGGAGAACGCACAACCAUUCACAGCCCCACCACUAUCGCGGAUCCUUCCGCAUGCACAGGCGGUCGGGUGAAGUGUUGGACUUGGGCAGCGGAGGAAGCGGAGAAACGUCCUCUAGCUGCGGAAGUUGUCCAGGGUCUCCUACAUUAGACUUCAGGGACCCAACUAAUGUGCGCAAUCUGGUAGCUGUCAUACGCUGCCAGAUUAAACAUUUACAGGUGGCGGUGGACCUAUGCAGGCAGCGCAACCUGUUGUCCUAUCCAGCAGCAGGAGAAAGCACUGAUUCAGACCGUGAGACAGAGGCACUGCUUGAGGAAGUGUUAAAACUGAAGUCCCUGCUUAGUACCAAGAGAGAGCAGAUAGCCACUCUCAGAACUGUCCUAAAAGCCAACAAACAGACGGCCGAAUUGGCUUUGACCAACCUGAAGACAAAGUAUGAGACAGAGAAGUGCAUUGUGGAUGAGACGAUGAUGAAGCUGAGAAAUGAACUGAAAGCUUUGAAGGAGGAUGCAGCCACCUUCUCCUCCCUACGGGUCAUGUUUGCUAGCAGAUGUGACCAGUACGUAACUCAGUUAGAAGAGAUGCAGAGACAGCUCGCCGCCGCUGAGGAUGAGAAAAAGACACUCAACUCUCUCCUCCGCAUGGCCAUUCAGCAGAAACUGGCAUUGACCCAGCGGCUGGAGGACCUGGAGACUCCUCUGUCUCCUCUCAGUAACGGUGGGAGCCCACGCUAUUCCCGGACCAAGCAUCUGACCAAAUCGGGCCGAGCACCGCGGAGCCCCAUGAGAAGCAGUCCACGCUCCAGUCCGGUGCUGGUUUCUUCUGGCCCGCAGAACAUAAGCAGCCACUUGAGGGUGUUCUCUCGUAGCCUUCACAGCAGCCCCAAAUGAAAGCCUCCUUGUGUCCUACCUCUGUGCUCCAGUGUACAUGGACCAUGUUCAUGAACACCCUCACCCUGCAGACCUCUCCUCUUCCUCAUCAGACCUCACCUCAUUGGAUCUCUCAUCAUGUCCCUCAAGCCUCUCCCACCCUCUCUCUCUUGCCUGUUUUCCAUGUGCCCGUCUUGUUUUUGUUUGUUUGGAUCAAUAAUUUUCAGCUUUAAGACACUGAAAGCUGAACACUGUCAUGUCAUCUCACGAUUUUUCCUUAUUCAUGAACAUAUGUACCAAACCAAAAACUCUUACUUGGAGAUCAGUAUUAUUUGAAGUCUAACUGGCUGUGACUGACCUUUUAUUAUGCUAGCCAUAGAUAAGCACACCUUGUUUUGGUUUUAGCCAUUAUAAAACUGAAUUUUUAGGUAUCAAUGAAGACAUUCCUCUGGUAUAACUGACCAGUUGUGCGGUUCUUCUACUACUCAUUGGUUAUUGACAUGUAACUUGCAUUGGCCUUUAAAUAAAUGCGUACAGUGUAACCAGUAAUCAGAACAAUCAACUAUGCAGAGGUACAAAGACUUUUGCUGCUAAUUAGCUCAUGCUAAAUAAUAAAAUUAACAAACUGCCAGUUUAUCCUACCUAUAACACGGGGUUAACCACCAGCACUGUUAAGACAAAAGCAAUUUAUUUGAUGUAGUAUGAUAGUGGAAAACUGCUGUGACGGUUGUUCAUGUCAACAUUGACGGGAAAACUAUAAUAGCAUUUAAAAUAGUGCCUUAAUAUUUUGGAGUUUUGAGUGAAGCUUUGUAGAUAAUUGGUUUAAUAUUUCGUUAAGUGUAAUGAUGGUAAAGGUUUUUGUUGUUUUAAGACUAAUUAUGGACAUUUACACAUGCAUGUGCAAAUUACAUGCAUGUUACAUUCCCUGCAAUAGGUUUGUUUUGUUCAUUUACCCCUAAGCAACCAAUAUUUUACUGUUCUUGUCAGAACCGUGUGUGUGUAUGUAAGAUGUGUCGACUUGAUUGUCAAAACUUUCAUCUUGUUUUCAGUCAGUCAUGUUUCUAGAUUCCAAAAAUGCUUCCUGUUGUAUUUUUAUUGUUGUUUAUUUUUUAACUUGAUUUCCUUUUAUAUUUUAUUGUUCAACCCUACAAAAUAAUAAUUAUGAAAAAUCUGGUCUUGUUUGUGAAGGGAAAGAAAUGUAGUGCAAAAAUAAAAUUCUUUUCAAUGUUC